AUGGCAGAUGAAAGUGAUAGUGGAAGUUCUUCAGGCUCUGGAGAAAGUAGUGAAGAAAAUAGUUCAUUUGAAGAAGAAGUAAUAGCAUGUGUGAAGGUGCCAUUGCCUGAAAAUAUUGCGGCCACUAUAGAGAAAAGAGAACUAUUGCGAGAUACUGAACCUAUCACUUGCAAUUCUACUUUAGUAGAUAAUGUGAUUAAUAACUACAUUAUUGCAAAGAAGAUUUUAAGUAAUCUACCAUGGCAAGAGAAAAUGUUAUGCAAAUAUGUUUGCACCACCUGGAACUCUGCUAUUCAGACUUUAAAGCGUGAGCAACUGUGCCCAGCAGAUUUUGUGGUUGACUUUAAAACCUUUAUGCUCAAAAAGUCUUAUAGUUUUGACACUGAGCCCUUAGUAGUAUUCACAUUUGCUAACACAACUGGACUAUGCAUAUCUAGUAACUGUUCUGCUCAAGUCCACCCAUGGAGCUUUCAGAACUUGGUUAAUUCUACUACAUUGAAUCCUCUUCAUUGUUCAAAACUCUGUGGCCAAAAACAUUGCUGCAUUGAUCUAGUUCACCAUUACUCAUGCGCUCCGAAGCAAUGCAUGCUGACAGUGAGGGCUGGCUACUUGUCUUACCUGCCACUGCAAGACUCCCCUACUUAUUCCCACACAAUCUUGCGUAGCAUGUUCCGGAAACCAUUCCCGUUCCUCAGUGGCCUCUUCAUACCAGUAAUUCCGGAUGUUAAGUUCCAUGUCAUCAAUAUAAAAUCAAACCGAAACAUGCAAAGAGAUUUCUUUGAUAUAGUGAACAAUAUCGCGACAGAAAGGAUUUUCAAAGGCAUAAUUGUAUAUGUGACUGAAAAUUUUCUCUUGCAUUCUGAAGAAGAUUUCUAUUAUUUGAAUCAUUUUAAGGAAUUACAGCCUAAUAUCCCUUAUGCCUUAGGAGGUUGCAUUGUGGAAGAUACAAUGUAUGGACCAAAUGAUAUUGAGCAUGUGAUAGAUCGUGUAAACGAUGGUACUGAUUUUGUGAGUGAGAACUUACUUUCUAUUAGUAUGUUCACUGUGCCAAAGACCCGCAACUCAGAUCAAACAGAGAAGCAUAACUUUGACAUUUUUUCUCUUGUCAUAGAAUCAUGUGAUUCUACUAAAGCAAAAAUACAGAAGACCAUAAAUGAGUUCUCGAAUAAGGUGCCGAGAUUUGAGCAUAGCGUUGUAUUGAAGCUAUCAUGUAUCGGCCGCGAUCAGAAGCACGAUGUGGAACAGAAAUACUUCCGGGACGCCUUUCCCGACACCAGGCUAGUCGGGUGUUACGGGAACGGGGAACUGGGAAUCAACCACCCGGAGAAACCGAUAGUAGACCGCCCAUGCCCAAAACGCCCUUGCCCUGAUCUGGGACCUCAAAUUGGAAUCAUUUAUUCUUACUCCACUGUUUUCUUUUAUAUCGGCUGGGGGAAAAUAACGUCGCCGCAAGGACCGGUUGCUUAGGAUUUUUUAAGUGUAAAUAAGGAGGAAAGAAAAAGAGUAAACACCUUUCAGACAUAAAUUUAGCGACACUUUGUUUUAUGCGUGCUUUAGUGAAUAGUUUAAAACAAAAUGUUUUGACUUUAUAAGUGAAAUCGGAAUUAAGAAAGGAGAGCAGCUGAACAACUUGGAAUCUGCUACUGCCCCUCUGCACACAAUUCUGGCUACCCAUUGUAUCCAAAACGUACAUAGUAAGUUAAGGGAAUAUGUAUAAAAGAAACAAAUUUCAGAUUUGAAACUGGUAUUUAAAAGGGGUUUAUUCAAUUUCGCGUUUAGCCAUUAAGUUUAUCUAUUAUCCUUGUAAUAUAUCCUGUGAUACUUA